GGAGGGAGAGAGAGAGAGAGAGAGAGAAGCCACACAGAACAGAAACACAUACGCGCACGAAGACAAAAAGCCAAACGAUUCAUCCGAAAGGAUCUCUCUGAAAUCCUCUCAUUCCAAUCCCUUUUGGCUGUCACCACCAAAUGUCAAGCGGUGGCGCCACCGCCACCAUCAGCCCCCGCCCCACGACCCACCGCCGUCGCGCAGCCGAUUUCAUGGAGGCAUCGGCGGACUCCCAUGCAUUGAACAUGGUUGCCGCCGACGAAAAUGAUUCCUCCGACUCCAACGCCGGGGGAGCCGGACGACACCACCACCACCACCACCCGGGGUUUAGGUUAUUGCGCAAACGGGGCCGGUUUCUGAGGGUGGAGAGUUCGCUGUUCAGGGUUGUGCGAGCGGCUUUCGCGGCCGUCGUGGUGGUUUUGUUGGUCACGGCGCUGCUCGUGGCGGCGGCUAUCAAUGUGCAGUUGUUGAACGGGAAAAGGGGAGAAAAUGAAUUACUGAUCGUUCAGACGUUCAAGAACGAUUGGGCCGUGACUCAGCGGGUUGUCUUCGACGUUCAAGGCUCGUCGCAAGUUUUCAUGCCCAAGGCGGAGUAUCAAGAGACAGAUCACGCAAACCAAACAGCUGAAAUUUGGAUGCAACCAAACAGCGACGAUUACUAUAAAUGCAUCCGCCGACCAAAGAAUAAAAUCAGGACCGUUUCUGCAACGAAUGGUUACCUCUUAGUUCACGCCAAUGGCGGGUUGAAUCAAAUGAGAACAGGGAUAUGCGAUAUGGCUGCUGCUGCAAAGAUUAUGAAUGCAACGUUGGUUCUUCCUUCUCUGGACCACGAUUCGUUUUGGACAGAUCCAAGUGAAUUUAAGGAUAUUUUUGAUUGGAAGCACUUCAUUGAAGUUCUGAAAGAUGAUAUUGAGAUAGUUGAAUCCUUGCCUCCGACCCAUCUGGCAGUGAAGCCCCUUCUUAAGGCCCCCAUUUCCUGGUCCAAGGCGAGUUACUACAGAGAGAUGGCGCGGCUGUUGAGGAAGCACAAGGUGAUCAAGUUUACGCAUACAGAUUCCCGACUAGUCAACAAUGGCCUUGCACCCUCUAUUCAGAGGCUCAGGUGCCGAGCCAACUAUGAGGCUCUGAAAUACUCCGAGGACAUCGAAGAGCUUAGCCAAAAACUGGUCAAUAGGCUUAGGAAUGGCGAUGAGCCAUACGUUGCUCUCCAUUUAAGGUAUGAGAAAGACAUGCUUGCGUUCACUGGCUGCAGCCACAAUCUGACUGAAGCAGAGGCCAAGGAGCUUCGCGCCAUGAGGUACAGUGUCAAGCACUGGAAGGAAAAGGAGAUCAACAGCAAGGAGAGGCGACUCCAAGGUGGAUGCCCAAUGUCCCCAAGAGAGGCAGCCCUGUUCCUCAAGGCCAUGGGGUACCCUUCCAACACGAAAAUAUACAUUGUGGCAGGGGAGAUAUACGGCAGUAACAGCAUUGCUGCAUUCCAAUCCGAGUACCCAAACGUCUUCUCCCAUUCGACUCUGGCAACCGAAGAAGAGCUGCAGCCGUUCAAGCAGUAUCAGAACCGCCUUGCUGCCUUGGACUAUAUUCUAGCACUAGAGAGUGAUGUGUUUGUUUACACUUAUGAUGGGAAUAUGGCCAAGGCAGUGCAAGGCCACCGGCGGUUUGAAGGAUUUCGAAAGACUAUUAGCCCUGAUAGGCAAAAAUUUGUUCGACUGGUUGAUCAGUUGGAUGAGGGCACUAUCCGUUGGGAAAAGUUCGCUUCUAAGGUCAAGAGCCUGCACUCCAACAGGCUUGGAACACCGUAUCUUAGGCUGCGAGGGGAAUCACCGCGACUAGAGGAGAACUUUUACGCAAAUCCCUUUCCGGGUUGUGUUUGUAACCGAUCCGAGGAGCAAACCAACAGCCUGCAACUUGACCGGACACCAAACCUUGGGGCUGCUACACAAAUAGUGUUCUAGUUCUGGUAGUGAAACAUGGAUACCCAUUAAUCCAAAUGCACAGAUGAUCAUGAUGGCAGCCAUCCCAGAGAGCAGAGGCUCGAGGUAAGUAUGAUUUUACUAUGGAAGUUUUGACACGCAUAAAGAGAGGACCCCAGUGUCGGGAACCUAAGAAGACUUUUAGUUAUUGAAUAUAUACAUAGGUCAUAAUUUAUUUGAUUCUUGAAUUAGGUUUUCCUCACGAAUUCGUUGUAAUAUUUGAUUCAAGAUAUUAAUAGAAAUUGGUUCCUACUUUUGCUGGGAAAGAAAUCCAAUAAGGGCUUGUUU